AUGGGCGCUGACAUCGUACUGGAUGUGAAUUACAGGCGCUCACCUCACCGGCUAGAGGAAAUCAUAAGAGGGCAUAAUGUGAAACCUCAUUCAAGACCCUUCAUGGCUCUGCUCCAAGGGCAGACCAGGUGUGCUGGAGCUUUGAUCAAAGACAACUGGGUGCUGACAGCGGCGCACUGCAAUCUGAAGAAAGCUCAAGUUAUUCUUGGGGCCCAUUCUGCAACCAAGAAAGAAAGUCAAAAGCAAAUAUUUUCCAUUAAAAAUAAUAUUGUCUAUCCAUGCUAUGAUAAACAGUCAAAUGAAGGGGAUCUUCAACUACUUCAGCUGAACGGUAGUGCCCAGAUCAAGGACAAAACCAUAAGCAUCCUUAGGCUCCCCAAAGAAGCAGGCGAUGUCAAACCCAACACCAAAUGUCAUGUGGCAGGAUGGGGGAGCACUGACAAAAAGCAGCGUAAACUUUCGGAUACCUUGAUAGAAGCUAACGUCACUGUGAUAGACCGAAAAAUAUGCAACGAUGCAGGGCAUUAUAAUUUCCAUCCAGUUAUUGGCAACAACAUGAUCUGUGCUGGUUUAAAAGAUGAAGGUGAUUCGUGUAAAGGUGAUUCUGGAAGUCCUCUGAUAUGUGGUAACGUUUUCAAAGGUGUCACUUCCUUUGGGGACUGUGGUAAUCCCCGAAAACCUGGCAUCUACACUCUUCUUACAACAAAAUAUCUCAACUGGAUAAAAAAAUCCAUUGGAGUAGACAUGUGACAUUCCUCCUUCAAAGUAGAAAGCUGAGGUAACCACCUGGAGAUGUCAAGGAAAGGGGUUUCGACUUGGCCUAUCCCAAGAAGAACCUCACCCACCUUCUUAAUUUGAUAUACAAAUUACAGCUUACCUGGAACAACGCCAGUCAAUGAAAGAAAUUGUUUCCCAUUCUCACGCUUCUAUCAUCAGCUAAGACCAUGUCAUCUUAUUCUCUUUCCCUGGCAGAAAUGUUCUUUGAAGAAAAAGUCCCUGGUCCCAUGACCCUUUGCUUUACUCAGAAUUUAGGACUGCCACUUCUGUGCUUGUGCUUAAAAAGAAGUCAGUCCUUUAACAAGUUGGACAUUCUUCAUUUGUUCAAAUGGAGUUCCAAGUUCUCUGUGACCUUCGAAGGUAUAGCCUGUGAGUCUGUUCAAUGCAUGAGCAUGGAAGAGAUGAAGGAUGGUAUUGACUUCUUACUCAAUCUUUCUGUGUACUUUAAUUUUCAA